AUGCCUCUGACAGUCCUUUUCAUGUUGACUUUUCGUAACUCGGAGCUUUUCAUCCAGAGGCUCGAUGUUUGUGUAUUAAACAUCCGUACAUUCCCAAAAUUCUCGUCCGAUGAGGGUGGUGUGCUGGAGUACGACUCCGAUGACACCUCAUCAUCUUCGCCGUCAAGGGCAGAAGCUGGAUUGAUGACGAUAUUGAACUCUGGAAAACGACAUGUCAUUACCAAGCAGGUCUGCCGGGCUCUUAGGGGAAAUGUCGCUGGCAGUGCCCAGUUCUUCAAUAACUGGGACAGGGUUGAAGGCAUUUCUCCAGACAAACUUGUCUGA